GAUCCUGCUCCGAGUGUGCAGGCGUGCCCGUCCUCUCCUGAGCUCCAAACUGCCUCGCUUCCACAACUGGUGCCAGAAUGCAGGACUGUGUCAUACAGACGGCCAGAUGCGGAUUGGCCUCACACCGAGCGACAAGAUCGCCCUCUCUCUGCACUGCGAUGAUCAAGCCACAGCCAACCGAUCCUGGCUGGAAGAUCAAGCCGACCAGGGCAAUGCUGCUGCCUCGUAUCUCUUGGCUCGAAUGUUGCAAUCUGAGAUCGACUUACAAACAGACGAUUACGAUGAGCCUGAAGAAAACACCAAGCAUCAGCAGAUAUUCCAGCAUCUGGAGAAGGCAACCUACGCAAACCACACGAUGGCACACUUCUACCUGGCCCGGUGCUAUCGCGACGGACUUGGAGUCAAUGAGAACCACACCAAGGCUGUCGAGUUGUACCGCAGUCUUGCAUAUCGUGGAAUCCCUCAGGCCCAAAUCGCCCUCGGUCGAUGCUAUGAGAAUGGCGAUGGUGUCGAUCAAAGUUACAACAGAGCCAUCGAGUGGUAUUCCAUGGCAGCUGACCAAGGCAGUGAAGACGGCCGACUCCACAUCGUGUUCCUCCGUGGAUGGCUCUCAUUCGUUGGCCACAAUAUCGAACAGAGCGACGUCGAUUCCUUCAACCGCUGGCAGGAAGCAGUGAGCAUCUUUGAGCAACUUGCCAACGAGGGCCACAGCGACAGCCAGUUUUGGAUCGCAGAAUGCUACUGUCGUGGUAAGGGAGUAUCGGAGGACAACGAGAAGGCAUUCGAAUGGUUCAUCAAGUCUGCUGAUCAAGGCAACUCGUACGGGCAGUACUGGGUUGGUUUGUGCUACUUUUGUGGAUACAGAGUCACCAAGGACCACACCAAGGCGGUCGAGUGGUAUCGCAAGUCGGCCGAGCAGGGCAAUCGAUACGGGCAAAAGUGUCUCGGCAACUGCUAUCAAAAUGGGCAUGGUGUCCCCCAGAACACCGACACCGCCGUCUUCUGGUGGCGCAAAUCCGCCGACCAGGGUCACCAAUACUCCAUCAACCAACUCAAGGAACUCGGCAAGUGGCCGUGAUCCCGAGCCCCCGAGUUCCACUGCCAAUCAACCAAAUCAUGACGUUGAACAUCCUAUCAGAGUAACCAAGCAGUCCCGCCGUCCACACACAUCUCAGACAACACGAUACCAGUGAGAGGACUUGACAAGUGGUUCCGAUAAAGCGGCAUUGGCAGAGUGAUGUUGUAUUUGGCAUUCAAUCCAUCCAAUACAUCCGAUAUACAAACCAGC